AUGCGCACUCGAAGUAGAACCGGGUGCACGACUUGUCGUAAGCGACGCAUGCGUUGUGGAGAAGAGAAACCUGAAUGCCUCAAGUGUCGGAAAUCCCUGCUGCAAUGCGAGUACACUGUGGUUAUCCCUUUGCGGGAACGACGCGCAAGAUAUGAGACCGUCCUGUCUGGCAUACAGCCAGCAUGGGUUGCAUCGGGCUCCUCAGAACUAUCAGUAACAAGAUCAGCCUGUCUGGUGUCAUCCGUACCCAGAACGAUGCCCGGUCAGGUGACCUUUGAUCCAUUCAAAAGCCUAAGCCUUGAUCUAUCUUAUGACCAGAUGCGUCUCUUACAAUACUUUAUCGAAGACUCUGCGCCAAGAGGAUGCGAUGGUCACUGGAAAAAACUCCGAAGAGAGAGCUACACGCAAAUCUGUCGAGAUCCAGCGGCCCUGCAAAGCUCUAUCCUCAUCGCCGCCCUACAUUAUAAGUGGAAUGUGGGUCAUCUCUCAGAUUUUGAGUCUACCUUGUUCAAGCAAAAGCACGAGGCCAUCACUGCAAUAAACAGGACCCUCCACGUCAAGACGCCCAACUCUUUCGUUGAUUGUGUGAGGUUGAUUGCUACGAUGGCAGCCAUAGAGGCUUGCUCGUACCACAUGGACGCAGCCGAGGUUCACCUGAAUGGACUACUUGCUGUUAUAGACCAUUCCCAGGCGUUCCAGAUGAGCUCUGGCGCGGACGACUGCACGUUUGACCAAGAGCUCACAAACCGAUAUUUCCUCCUGCAUGUUAUUCAUUGGGUGUUGCAAAUAGUGCGGGGACUCAAAUCGUCGACUCUCACCGGUCCUCUUGGUGGCCCUGGAACUGCUCUAACAUCAUUGAACCAGAAUGAUCAAGCCAGGCCCAAAGUGUGGCUUACAACUAUUGUUGAGGCGCUUCGAUUAUUGCCAUACUUCCUGAUUCCAACAAAGCUUGCCGGAGACAUGCCCGAAAACUUUGAUGCCCCCGAAGGCACCGAAGAAGCCAGAAUGCUGACCGACUUCAUGGACGCGAGGAGUAAAGGAAUGAACCAUGUCGCAGAAUACAUUCUGCAGCGGUGUGAGCCGCGGGCGGACGGCGCGACUGUGUCGAGCGUCUCGAAAGAAGUGAACGCCGUCAAUUUCGAAGCAUUCAUGAUCCCCGGCAGAAUCACCACAAGCCCCAAGGUGGAUUCCAAGAGAUACCUUGAGAUCUCAUGGUGGGGAUUGCAUUUUGCUGGUAGUCUGUAUUGGAGCAGCAUCAUGGACCGCUCCGUGUUUGGGAAAGAUGUCGAGGAACGUUUGCUCCGACAAGGCAUCUUACAUGUUGAAGCCGGACUGCGCAUGACACAGUUCGAUAUUAAACAGCCAUUCUCUCUAAGGGCGUCACUAUGGUUUUGGAAGGCCUUCCUGGGAGCCUACAGCCUAUUCCGCGCUUCACAUCAUGGACAACGCAUUGAAACAUGGGCACGAGGCCCAAGAAACCACCUUCAAUUCUGCGUAAAAACAUGGGCACAGGUCUCGGCGAUGAGGGAAUGGGCGGAUGCAAAAACGGUCCUCAGGCAAGUCUGCUGGCCCAUGGCGUCGCCAGAGGACCAUCUCGCAGAAUCGAUGUGGAAUGGCAUUGUGGCAUGCUGA